AUGUCGCGUCGCCCGUCCGAGAACCCAACCUCCUUCCGCCGCCCUUCUAUCUUCGACGGUCCCCGUCGCCAGUCCGGCGCGUCCUCGCGUCGCCCCUCCAUCGACCCCUCCCGCCUCAUCCCCAUCGACAAGGCCUCGCACGUCGGCGGUUCUGAUGACUUCAACGUCGUCUUCGUCGGCGCGGGCAACAUCAUGUUUGGUUCGGACGAAGGCCCGUGGAACCACUCCUUCCGCUUCGAACACAAGCUCGGUCCACGCCUCAAGGUCGUCGCGCUCAUCGACCCCGCCAUCGAUCGCGCGACCACCGUGCUCGCCAAGAAAUGCGAGACCUUCGUGCGUUCCGCGUAUGAGAACACGCGCGUCUUCAAGACUCUCGAGGACUUCGUCCGCAGUAUGGAUAAGCGCGACACCCCGCAUGCCGUCAUCGUCGGCUCCCCGCCCAUGUUCCGCGGCACGCUCCAGCCGGGGCGCGACAUCGAGACCCAGAUCCUCAAGUACUUCCCCGGCGUCGCCAUGUUCAUCGAGAAGCCCGCGGCGACCGGGCCCGCGAGCGAGCUUUCGGAGGCGUUCGCGGUUGCGAAGAAGAUUGCGGAGGCGGGCUCGGUCUGCUCGGUCGGGUACAUGCUCCGCUACCUGCGCGCGGUCCAGAUGAUGAAGCAGAUCAUCAACGACAACAACCUCACCGUCAUGGCCACCAUCGCCCGGUACGCGUGCGCGUACGAGGCCAUCGCGAAGCCCGACUGGUGGGACAAGUCCAAGAGCGCGGGGCCCAUCAUUGAGCAGGGCACCCACUUCUGCGACCUGUCGCGCUACUUUGGCGGCGAGGUCGACAUGUCCACCGUCAGCGCGCACUCGCUCGAUUGGGAUGAGAACGCGGGCCAGCUGUCCAAAAUGUCGAUCGACGAGAGCGCCAUCCCGCCCGAGAAUAGGAUCCCCCGUGUGACGGCGGCGACUUGGAAGUACGACAGCGGGGCGGUCGGAAGCUUCACGCACCUGUGCGCGCUCCAAGGUCACGACUACAGCUGCGAGCUCGAGGUCUACGCCGACGGCUACCAGCUCAAGCUUGUGAACCCUUACGUACAGCCCGUCCUCUAUAUCCGCCGGCCGGGCAGCGACCUCGAAGAGACGCACAGGUUCCCUGACGAUGAUCCGUUCUUCUCUGAGAUCUCUGUUCUGAUUGACAACAUUGAGGACAUCGAGGAGGACCCUGAAACCGCCCAAAUUCUGAGCACAUUUGAGGACGCCUGCAAGACGUACGAGCUUACCUGGGCUAUUCGUCUUGCCUCCGAGAGGAGCCGCGCUGAGCGGCUCGAGGCGCAAAAGAAGGCUGCUGCCGAAGCCCCAGCUGCAUGA